UUCCCGGCUGGAAGGAAGGCAGGCGGGCGAGCCAUGGAGGAGCCGGGCAAGCCGGGAAAAGGCGCCCCGAGACCCCAGAGGAGCCGCUCCCAGGGUUCGGUGGACUGUCCCAACCUGGAAUUCGAAUAUGGAGACGCCGACUCCUUUGCGGCUGAACUUUCAGAGCUGUAUAGCUACACCGAAGAACCGGAAUUCGCUCUCAACCGGAAAUGUUUUGAGGAGGAUUUCCAAACACAAGUGAAGGACAAGCGCUGGCCAGAGCUGGACGUGUCCCGACAGAAAGCCUACGUGAUGCGCCUCCUGGACGGCCUGGAGGUGGUCAGCCGGGAGAAGCGGCUCAAGGGGGCCCGGGCCAUCCUCUACCUGGCACAAGGGGUCUUUGGCGACUGUGACUCGGAGGCGGAGGUCCUGGACUGGACGCGGCGCAACAACUUCCUUUUGUACCAAAUGGGGACCUUCACGGCCUUCCUGGAGCUGCUCAACAUGGAAAUUGCCAACAGCCAGGCUUGCAGCAGCGCUUUGAGGAAGCCGGCCAUCUCUCUGGCCGAUAGCACCGAACUCAGGGUCAUCCUGAGCGUCAUGUACCUGAUGGUGGAGACCCUGCGCCGGGAGACGGACACUGACCCUCCAAAGUGGGCGGCCGCCCGGGAGACCUUUCGCACCGAGCUCAGCUCUCCGUUGCACGGCGAGGAGCCCUUUGCCCUGCUGCUCUUCACAAUGGUGACCAAGUUCUGCAGCGGACACGCUCCACACUUUCCCAUGAAGAAGGUCCUGCUCCUGCUCUGGAAGGUCCUCGUGUUCACCCUGGGGGGCUUUGAGGCCUUGCAAGCCCUGAAGGUCCAGCGGCGCCUUGAGCUGGGCUUGGCUCCUCUGCCGGAGGACAGCAUCCAGGUGGUGCGACGCAUGCGGGCCGCUUCUCCCCCGGCAUGCGCCAUCGAGCUGGUGGAACAACAGCAACAGCAACAAGUUGCACCUCCAAAGCGAGGGCAUCGCAGCCGGAGGCCGCUGGUGAAGCAGGACAGCCUCGACCUGUACAACGAGAGGGACCCCUUCAAGACGGCGUUGGAGGAGGAGGAGCCUGAGGAGGAGGCGGAGCCCGAAGAUCUGGAGGGCGGGGCUCUGGGCCUCGUGGAGGGGGGGCUGGACCCCAUGGAGGGGGAGCCCCCUCUCGCCCCGGCCCCCCCACCACAGCCGCCACGGACCCCCCUCGAGAGGGUCGCCUUCCCCCGAGGGCUCCCCUGGGCCCCCAAAGUCAGACAGAAGGACAUCGAGCAUUUCCUGGAAAUGAGCCGGAACAAAUUCAUCGGCUUCACGCUUGGACAGGACACGGACACUUUAGUGGGUUUGCCACGUCCCAUCCACGAAAGCGUGAAGACCCUGAAACAGCACAAGUACGUCUCCAUCGCGGAAGUGCAGAUCAAGAGCGAAGAGGAGAUGGAGAAAUGCCCCAUGUCGCUGGGGGAAGAAGAUGUGCAGGAGACGCCAUGCGAGACGCUCUACCGGAUGAUGCUCUACAACCUGCCUCAAUACAUGAUCGCCUUGCUGAAGAUCCUCUUGGCUGCAGCGCCGACCUCCAAAGCCAAGACCGACUCCAUCAACAUCCUGGCCGACGUCUUGCCGGAGGAAAUGCCCAUCACAGUGCUGCAGAGCAUGAAGCUGGGUGUGGACGUGAACCGGCACAAAGAGAUCGUGGUCAAGGGCAUCUCCGCUCUGCUGCUCCUGCUCCUGAAACACUUCAAGCUCAACCACGUAUAUCAGUUUGAGUACGUCUCCCAGCAUUUAGUCUUCGCCAACUGCAUCCCGCUGAUCCUGAAGUUCUUCAACCAGAACAUCAUGUCGUACAUCACGGCCAAAAACAGCAUUUCCGUCCUGGACUAUCCUUUCUGCACCGUCCAUGAGUUGCCGGAACUCAACGCAGAAAGCCUGGAAUCUGGGGAGAACAACCAGUUCUGUUGGAGGAACCUGUUCUCUUGCAUUAACCUGCUGAGGAUCCUGAACAAACUGACCAAGUGGAAGCAUUCCAGGACAAUGAUGCUGGUGGUGUUCAAGUCGGCCCCGAUCCUGAAGCGUGCGCUGAAGGUGAAGCAGGCCAUGCUGCAGCUCUACGUCCUGAAGCUGCUCAAGAUCCAGACCAAGUACCUGGGCCGCCAAUGGAGGAAGAGCAACAUGAAGACCAUGUCCGCCAUCUACCAGAAAGUGCGCCACCGCAUGAAUGACGACUGGGCCUAUGGCAACGACAUUGACGCCCGGCCGUGGGACUUCCAGGCGGAGGAGUGCACCUUGCGCGCCAAUAUCGAGGCCUUCAACGCCCGGCGCUACGACCGGCCGCGGGACUCUGAGUUCUCCCCGGUGGACAACUGCCUGCAGAGCGUCCUGGGCCAGCCGCUGGACCUCCCGGAGGACUUCCACUACUCCUACGAACUCUGGCUGGAGAGGGAGGUCUUCUCGCAGCCCAUCCGCUGGGAAGAGCUGCUCUGCUACCAGGGGUAGUGAGCGAGCAUGCAUGGCGGGGCGCAUUUGCAACUGAAUGCCGCCCCAAGUCUUCCCAAACCAUUGGUGCUGUAUCUCUUUGGGGUGUUGGGGUGGAAAAGGGGGUCCUUCCCUAUCUGAAAGGUCGACCAAAAGUGGAAAUGUUAGCCAACUUCAAUGCAAUGCCUUCCCGACGCCCGUCUUUCCCAGUCCCUUUGAUCUACUGUAAACUAUGCUUUGUCGUUUUGGAACAGUAUACUUUCUAAAAUAUUUACAUUUCCUUCUAUGGUUGCCUUCGUUGUCACGGUAUUUGCCACAUUUUCCCCAAAUACUGAGUUUUAUACCUGGAUCCCGAGCGCUUUUUCCAUUCUUAUGGAUUUUGCCAGGUUCAUACAAAGUUUGCAAGUAUUAGAGACUUCAUGCACCUGUAGGUUAUCUCAUUUUAUGGAAGAAAUUCUGCAGAGAGAGAGAGAAAAUACUUUUAUUUGUUUCUAUUAUAACUGUGUUUGAACAAGUGUGCAAGAAAGAGAGUGAAUGCCUCCCUCCACUAUAAGCAAUUUUUGGCAAUUUUUCUCCACUUUUGCAUAUUAGCCUUUGUCGUCAUGGCGUGUGCCAUAUUUUCCUCCAAAUAUUGAGUCCCUGAGCAGAACAGCAUAUUCUCAAAU